AGCAGCGAAAUUUGCCUGUUCCCCCGCACCCGCUCCCCCCCAGCUGUUUUUGCUCUAGUGAAAAAGAUUGUGAAAAUGAAAUACACUCGGUGUAAGCCUAAGCAACCCCAUUAAGAAUAACCUUUUCCUUUCAAUAUUCAUCUUUGUUUCGAACAGCAGCAAGAUAGAGCAGGAUACAUACCAGAAUGCAAAUGCUUGACAAUCGUGGCAGCAGCUCCUCUCCGCUGCAAGAAGCUUCUGCGACUAUUAAGCAGCUUGUGGACAUCCACUAUAGCGACGCAUUGCCUGCGGUCCGGGUCUAUGAAAACAAGUCUCCAGGAGUACACGAUGAAAUCAUAUUGAACUCGAUAACCAGAACCACCCCUUUGGAAGAGCAAUUUCUGCAGCGGUUGCUCCAAUUCAGCAACACGGACCAUAACGUGCUGUUCUAUGUUUUGCUUUUCCUGGUACUCGCCGGCGUGGUGGUUGCCGUGGUUCUGUACAAAAAGAAGCAACAGCACCGGGACCGCGAGGCGUGGGCCCGGUACAACCACGAGGGUAUAGAGAACGCCCGACGCUGGGACGAGCACCACGCAGAUGUAAAGGAGAAGCGCAAACGGAGGUCGUGGGGUGGCUACCACGAGAUGACGCGCGACAUUCACCUGCAGCGGGAACAAAUCACGCGGGACCUGGCGCUGGAGCAGGCAGUAUCAAAGAAAAAAAGUUCGUCACGAUCACUCAUGCGCAUUCUUGCAAUACAAAAUUGUUUGUCAUGCGUAAAAAUGCAUCAAAGCCAAACUUCAUUAGGGAUUUCCCUAGUGUUUCUGCAAUACAAGGAAAGUUUGUGAUGCUGAGAAAAUUUGUAAUGCAAACCCUCCAAGAUAGUGACUGUGACUGUGUCUGUGACAAACUUUUUUCUCUCCAUAGGCUGCCGCAAACAUUCAGUACACCAAGGGCGUCACCCACAGCAAGGGCACCAGCGACAUUAAUAACGCGAUGGGACAGCUGCAAAACGCGAUGGUUCGGGCGAGCGCACGAAACCAGGCCACGGUGGCGAAGCACUCCCGGGCAUUAUCAAAUGCAAAUAUCGAAGGUCUGGGUCUGGAAGAGUGCAAGAAGUUUGUCAUGCUUGUCUCACAUGACUUUGACUGCGAAACCAAACUCUGGAAAAAUGCGAGGGGAGGUGGAAAAUGUAAAUAA